GCAUCGCAUCGCAUAGGGAAAUAGGGAAAAUCGCUGCCACCGACCGGGCAGUCAGUGUGAUGUAGAGAUCAGAACGAGAAACAACGACCACGAAUGGCCCAAAUCCAAACAUUGAGCCAUUGAGAAGAAGAUCUUCAACUUAAAAGCAGCUGCUACUAUCAUCCUAAUUUAGUGCGCUUGUGUAUGUGUGUAUUUGUGCCGAGAACGAAUGAUUAGAACGCAAUCCUCUCUAGAAUACCUAUAUACGCCGUAAAGCAUUUCCACUUCUUUUUCCGCACAGCGUCGAAAUAGCAAAGCUUGCAGCCUGCCAGACAGGAUAAAUUUACCUCUCCUCGUCGCGUCGGUAAACCCGUUUUCCCGUGUGUAGUGAAGUUGAGUGCAGGAGAAAAUCGAUUCAGUUCAAAGUGCGACGACGGAAAAACAGAGAGCGCAAAAAGGAGUUUUCCCUUCUUUGCUAAAAUCUACGACUGCGGCUUGGCUUGCUGCAUGAUGUAUAGUUUGGAUGUCUAAUUCUAAAAGCAGAUAAUUUUUCCUUCAAUUAGGUACAUAGUGCAAGUGUGAAUCCGCACGUUGAGUGAAAAAUUAAAAAUAAAUAACGACAAAAAAUCGAUCUGGCAGGAAGUGCCCUGAGUGGAACAAAAAAAAAAGGAUGAAAGCAAAGGAAUGGCCAUCGGUGCAUGAAGAUUGUCUCUCCGCGUGACACCGAGGGAAGAAAGGAAUUAGAAAAGCUCAUUGAGCAGUGAAAAAGAAGUGGAAUCGAAACGUCUCUGUGAUUCUUAGUUUAAAAAUACGAAAAAAAUCAAAAAGCGUGACGACACAUGCCACAGAAGCGGCAGCACAGAAUAAAAGCAAAAAAGUGAGUGAUUUUUCUCCCCCAUUAGCAACGGGUGGUACGUGACACUGAGUUUUUCACGAAAACUCACACGCUCGAAUCUAAGCACGAAAGUACGAAAACAUAAAUCCACUACUGUGAUCAGCAUCAUAAUCAGCAAUCCAAGACAGCCAUGACGACCGGAAGCGCCCAGCAGUCCGCAACCAUGGCCACGUCCAGUGCUGCCAACACGCAGCGUAUGGGCUCGAUAGUGCUCAAAAGCCUCUCGAUUCUGCUGGGGCUGUUCUUCAUCUUCAUCGGACUGAUGAAGCUGACGCCACACAUCAGCAAGGACUUGCACAGGGAUUUGCGAAAGAAUUACGUCAAAUAUGCCAAAGUGUUUCCGUUCUCGACGCUUUUCGAUUUCAAGCUGCCCUCCAAGUGGUACCGCCGGUCGGUCGGUGGCCUGGAGGUGUUGUGCGGCCUAGCAAUGGUGAUCAUUCCGAAUCAUAAAAUAAAGAAUGCAGCCAACAUGACCCUGCUCAUGCUCAUGUUCCUGGCCGUAUACUCGCACUACAUGGUGAGUGAUCCGUUCGAGCGCUGUGGACCAGCCCUUGUGUUCACGUUCAUGCUUAUUGGCCGACUAGUGAUAUGGUACCAGGCCAGUCGACGGGAAGCCCUGAACGCUGCCGAAAAGGCCACCAAUAAUGGCGUCAAGCAGGACUAAAUAAAGCACCGUUUGCAAUCUAUGAUCUCAUCAAUUAAGAAAUCAAACGACAAUUCACCUUAAGUUAUUUCUCUGGCCAAAGCAGGGCAAUUGCCACACGAAACGAGAUCACGCGGUUGAUGUUUCUCACGUCUCAAUCCCUCACAAUCACACUCUAAAUAUCCUGCAAACAGUGGGGAUAAGAUAACUCCAAUCAAGAGACAAAUCGAUAUAUUUAUACUUUUUCUGUUCCAAAUGCGACCAGAGCAGAGCUGGAAUCUCAUUCUGCCGCCCUACCCUUACGUAGAACAAAGUUUUGUUUCUUUCAUUUAGAAAUAUGACAUACGAAAUGCUACUUUUUGUUCCCAUCGAAUUUUUGCUGACACGCAAUUUGCAGCGGAAGUGACGAAAACGAUACAACCCUUAAUAAUAACUAUUUUAUGAAGAAAUAACAACUACUUGUUUAAAUAGUUAAAUGUGUUCAUUUUUAGUCAAACGCAAGACUCGUCACGAGAAUCAUCUCUAGUCAGUUGUAAAAUUUCUUUGUAAACGAAGCAUGCCAUUGAAAUAUGGCGCCCAACGUUUCUCAAUCUAAUUCUUAUCUAUUUUGAAGAUAAGCUUAAAAGACUUCAGCGAAAAUGCGUUUCUGAUUGAAUAGAAGUAGGACAUCAUUAAAUGUAACACAAGCAAAACCAUGAAAGUACAUUUGGGCACACAAAUUUGUUUCACAUAGCAAUGUAAGAUCGUAACUUGAUAAAGGCAACAACAUUAA